UAAAUAAACAGAUAAGUGACAUUAAAUUCUUUCAUAAGUAAUGGAUAGCCAGGCACCGAUCGAUGAUCUGCUGUUGGACAUUGUAGACAAUGCCUGGCGUAUGGAAGUUCUGCCUUUCGAUCAGAUACUAGUGCCACUCGAAAAGCUCCCCGAUCCGGAGGCCGAUGGUGGUGAUUCACAUUUGACUCUAAGCGAGCAGGAACAAAAGUGGACUGAUUUGGCGCUGGGUUCGCUGGCACCCGAUGCUGCACUGAUCGAUCAACUUAAUAUUACAUCCAUCUAACCA